AUGGCUGGACCAUCAGGCAUAUGUUCCUUUGAGGAACUCAUACAGUCGGAACCAUUCACGUUUUACAUCGGGAAAGCCAGGAAGGAGUUUGUUGUACACUCUAAAGCGAUCGCCGCAACCUCAUGGCAUUUCCACGCGCUUGUGAACAAUGGUAUGGCGCAGUCACAAAAGCGGUCCGUUGAGUAUCCAGAUAUGGAGCCGGAAGACUUUGCUCGAUAUGUUGAAUACGCGUAUCGAUACGACUACACGGUGCCACACUGGACCUUGGAUGACCCCCAUUCCAAGAUUAUCGAAUCAGACGUAGACGUCGAAGAAGGCCUAGUCUCAGAAGAACCAGAACCAGAACCAGUAGUGGAACCAGAAACAGGGGUUAACGUGUUCGGCCCCGGGUUUGGCAGCCGCGCGCCGCGCCCUUUCACCAACGAAUCGACCGCGAUCAAUUCAUGGUCCAAGAAGAAAAAGAAGUCAGCAACGUCGAGGGCGACUCUCAAUCUGCGAAGAAGUUUCGACGAACGUGGUUACCUCACAUCAGAUGAGCCGAGUGCGACAAUGCUUGCCGAAUUUCUGCCUAAGGAGAACUCCAAGCCUGAACAGAACUUUACGCCUAUCUUCUUAGCGCACGCACAUCUCUAUACCUUCGCCUGCAUGCGCCUCAUCGACCCUCUGAAACGCCUGGCUCUACACAAGCUCCACCAUACCCUCCUCAAGUUCAAGCUCUACGAUCGACGAGUAAGCGAUGUGGUUGAGUUGGCUAGAUAUGCAUACGACAAUGGGGAAGACAGGAAGCCUGAUGGAACCAUUGAAGAUCUCAGAAAACUGGUGGUGGAGUACAUAGCUUGCGAAGUAUCGACUAUCGGGAAACAUGAAGCGUUUGCUCCCCUGUUGCAAGAGGGCGGAGAGUUUGUGGUCGAUUUCUGGCGUAUCAUCGCUAAAGAGAAUUUGUCUUUGUAG